AGCUGCCAGGUAAAUCCCACCCAACCUCAACGGCCGGUCGCCAAUCUAACCCUUCUCUUCACACAGUAACAUUACAAGUGAAGACUAGCCGCCAUGGGUCGUGUCAUUCGCAACCAGCGCAAGGGGCGUGGAUCUAUUUUCACUGCCAACACGCGCCUGAACAAGGCUCCCGCCAAGUUCCGCAACCUCGAUUACGCCGAGCGCCAUGGCUACAUCCGUGGUGUAGUCCGUGAGAUCGUCCACGACGCCGGCCGUGGUGCUCCUCUCGCCAAGGUCGUCUUCCGCCACCCUUACAGGUUCAAGCAGGUGACCGAGACCUUCAUCGCCAACGAAGGCAUGUACACUGGCCAGUUCAUCUACGUCGGCAAGCGCGCUGCCCUUACUGUCGGCAACGUUCUCCCCGUCGGUGAGAUGCCCGAAGGUACCGUCGUUACCAACGUUGAGGAGAAGAUCGGCGACCGUGGUACCCUUGGCCGCACCUCCGGCAACUACAUCACCAUUGUCGGCCACAACCCUGAUGAGGGCAAGACCCGCAUCAAGCUCCCCUCUGGUGCCAAGAAGGUUGUCGCCUCCGGCUCGCGUGGUAUGAUUGGUAUCGUCGCUGGUGGUGGCCGUACCGACAAGCCUCUCCUGAAGGCUUCGCGCGCCAAGCACAAGUUCGCUGUCAAGCGCAACAGCUGGCCCAAGACCCGUGGUGUUGCCAUGAACCCCGUCGACCAUCCUCACGGUGGUGGUAACCACCAGCAUAUCGGUAAGGCCUCUACCAUCUCGCGGUACGCCGUCCAGGGUCAAAAGGCCGGUCUCAUUGCCGCGAGGAGGACGGGUCUCCUCCGUGGUACGCAAAAGACGAAGGAGUAAGGAAGGCUAUUGGUUUCAUGGUCUCAUUGGGAUGGUGUUACAAUUGGCUGGUUUAUGGCUACUGAGGGUACUUCUAAGAGAGAAGUCUGGUAGCUAGGAUGGCUAGCACUUUGAUAUUUGGCGCAAUAAAACCGUCACGACCACUCAUGAAU